AAGCGAGCGGCUGCAGUGGAGCGGGAGAUUUAUAAGGGAAGAAGGAUAGCGUAUCAAAUACCGGAAAGAGAGAAGCAUUCAUUCUGAGAUAUUAACAAGGCUGCUGAAAGAAGAAAAAUGUCUAAGGCUCCGACCAGGUCCAGUCCAUCACGAAGAGAUUUGUACAGUUAUGGGGACAACCGUGAAGCAAGACGUGAACGCUCUCCUCUCCGUACCAGCCCCAGAAGAGAGAGCAGAGAAGCUAGAGAUGGGAGAGAUUCUCGGUCACUUCGGGAUGGGCGUGACACAAGGAAUGGAAGAGACCAAAGAGAAAGUCGAGAUUCUAGGGAUUCAAGAGAUUCCAGAGAUACUCGUGAUCCCAGGGAUUUGAGAGAAGCUAGAGAUGCACGAGAUUACAGAGAAUCUAGAGAUCUACGUGAGCCACGUGAUGCUAGAGAGGUGAGGGAUGCCAGAUCUGUUCGGGAUCCCCGUGAUGUGAGAGACCUAAAAGAUCCAUUAUAUGACCGAUACAGAGAUCCGAGAGACACUAGAGAUACACUAUACAGACGUGAUGACCCUCUUGCUCGGUACCGUCCUGAUGAUUUGUAUCGUAAGAAAGAUGACGUCCUUUUGGACCGUUACCGGGAUACAUUGGAUAGACACCUACGGGAACCUGAAGAUAGUUUAAAACGCGAGGAAAGGCGACGUGAGGAGUUGUACCGACAAUAUUUCGAUGAAAUCCAGAGAAGAGUGGAUGCAGAACGUCCUGUGGAUUGCUCUGUUGUUGUUGUUAACAAGCAGUCAAAAGAAUAUGCAGAAUCUAUGGGGAGAAAGGUGCGUGACUUGGGCAUGAUGGUGGACUUGAUAUUUUUGAAUACUGAGGUGUCCCUGACACAAGCUUUGGAAGAUGUCACUAGAGGAGGCUCUCCUUUUGCCUUAGUAAUAACCCAGCAACACCAGGUCCAUAACUCCUGCACUGUAAACAUCUUGUUUGGCACUCCUCAAGAACACCGAAACAUGCCUCUUGCUGAUGCUAUGGUGUUGAUUGCCAGAAACUAUGAACGAUUCAAAUCAGAAACUCGAGACAAGGAGCGUGAGGACAUUGCCCGUCAGGCAGCAAAAAUGUCUGCUGAUGCCAUUCUUAGGGAGCGCGCUCUACUUGCGGAUGAGCUUGUAAGGGGUGCAGCACCACCAAGCAUACAGGCUCUUCUUGGACUGCUUGCUGAUAAUAGAUAUGUAACUGUAGAAGAGAUCGAUAAGGUUCUCCACUAUCUACGUGACAAAAAAGAAAGAUUACUUGGCGCACCAUCUGCUUCCUUGCCAUCACAACUUGCAAGACCAUCAAUGGGAGCUGUUCCAGUAUUAUCCCUUAAUAACCAAACCACUGGCCCAACAAAUAAUCCAGCUCUGCAGUUGACACAGACCAUAUCUUCUGCUUCUCCAGCUGGGCAAUCUGUUAAUACCUCACAGCAAGAGCUUCAAGCAAAAAUCCUCAGUCUCUUUAACAGUGGAGCUGCAAUUGGUGCAUCCACUAACAGCCCAGCCAGUUCUUCACCUGCAUCUGGUCCUGGCCCCAAUCAGAGCUUUGGAAAUCUGCCUAAUGUGCAACAGCGUCCAGGUCAGAUAAACACUUCUGCUAUGGCUUCAUCUGCACAAAGACCUCAACCUGCUACAAAUCCACUUCCACCACCCAUGGGGCCCGGAGGUCCUUCAGGACCUAUACGAGGCACAGCACCCAGGUCUGGCCCACCUUCACAAGUUCAGGGUAUUUAUAGUCAGCAUCAGAUUCGCCCUCAAGUACCUGUUAAUGUUCCUAACCAAAGGCCUGGAGGAUCCUCAGGCAUAAACUUUGACAACCCCUGUGUUCAGAAGGCCUUGGACACAUUAAUCCAGAGUGGUCCAUCCCUUUCUCACCUAGUGAGUCAGACGGCAGGGCCGGCUGGCCGUGGCGGGCCCCUACAGCAGUCCUCUAUUGGCAAUUAUCCUCGCCACUUUUAGUGGUCAGUUUUAUGCAAAAUGUUACACUGACCACAAGUUGCUUUAAUUUUGAUGUUCAUUAAUAUACUGGUAUGAAUCUCAUAAAUGUUUUGUCUUUCUCUUAUGUUGAGGGCUGGAAACAAAUGUUUUGUGAUUCUUUGACUAGCCCGUAUUGUAUAUUAAUUUCUUACAUUCAGUUAUGUUUGAAUUUUUAAGUAAACAUUUAAAAAAAAAAAA